AUGGACCCCCAGGCCCACCACCACCAUCUGCACAACCAACAACAGCAAACUCACCAUCUACAACAUGUUCCACAAGUUCAUUCACCUUCAUGGCAAACCCUCUACGAUGAUCUUCAAGCAGCUGCAAAUGUCUCUGUAGCACCUUCUGCUGUAACCUCUGCUGCAACCUCUCCAGUUCCUUCCCAUCUUCAACAUCAGCCACUGCCACUGCCACUACCACUACCACAGCAACAACAGCAACAACAACAACAGCAACAACAGCAGCAAUUACAUUCUCAUCAACAACCUACUCUCUUAGUAGGCCAGCAACAACCUUCACAAGACCCAAUCCAAAUGAUUCAAAAUCAACAAUAUCAAGGUCAUUCUCCUCAACAUCAACAACUGGUACAUAAUAUACAACAACAACAACAACAACAGCAUCUACUCUCACAACCUUCAACAGCUUCCAACUCUCCAUUGCCAACCUCUGCUGUAAUCUUACCAUCAACAGUCUCAACACCACCUUCCCAGCAUCUUCAACAACAACUCGCUAAUCAAACAAACCCCAACAUGUCUGUGCAACAACAUCUGGUCGCAUCAGUCCAAAACUCAGGUCCUUCUCCUCUCGCAACAACCCCUUCAGCUCCACCACCAACUACAGGAUCAACUCCUCAAGAUUUUAACUCCUAUCUGGAUUUCUCAUCAGUCCAAAUAGACCCCAACCAACCCUUCUCUCCACCAGUCCCAAACUCUCCAUUCAACCCGCAACAUCAACAUCAACAUCAACAAGCUCACAUAAUAGCAGCAGUAACAGCAGCAGCAGCAGCAACAGCAGCAACAGCAGCAACAGCAGCAACAACAACAACAACAACAAGCCCAGGUAGACCACUCUCUCCAUCACAACAAAAUCAACUACAACAACUUCAACAUUACCAGCAACUACAAAACAUUCAACAACAAAUGAAUCUUUUACAACAAAAUAAUACAAAUUCCCCUAGAUCUCAACUGCAAAAACAAACCUCUCCACCACCACCUAUACAACAACAGCAACAACAACAAAUCCCUCUUAGACCAAACUCUCAAACUCUUAACAUUUUACAAAACCCAGAAACUUUAGAUACCUUUUUCAGAGACUUUUUGGAUGGCUAUUCAAAUUCCUCCACUCUCGAUUCCCUCAUGAUAGAUUCAACCCCUCUAGAUGCCUCCGUCUCUGGCCCUACUUCCACGUCUUCUGCUACUUCACCACCACAACAAAUCCAACCUCCUUCCUUCUCACCAACAUCUGCAAUGCCCCCACCAACUCCAACAACCCUUGAAACACAAAGUGCCGUCAUGACUAACGAAAUCUUUCGCUCUCCUCUUGCAGGCCCCAUGGACAAAUCUUCCACCACUGGCUCCGCAACAACCGAAGAUUUUACCCCCCUCAUGUCUCCUGCUGUUACCCCCUUUGAUUCAAUCAAUCCUGGAAUCAUGCCUCCAACUUCGGAUUUUACCAUGCCCAGCUCCUACUUUAGUGCCUCUCCGUUGGUCGAGGAAAAAAACUUAAUCAUUCCCUCGAAUAUUAAACAGUCAAUGGUCCAACAACAGCAACAGCAACAGCAACAACAUCAAUUACAACCUCAACCUCAACCUCAACCUCAACCAUCUACAAGACGCCAAAGGCGAGGAAAUAGCAGAAAAUCAACACCUGUACUGGCCCCUAUGGUUACCAAAUCUUCCGGCCUCAAUUCCUCUUCAACCAAUGGUGCAAACAUCUCUUCAAGCUCCUCUGCCCGUAUCACAAAGGCUUCCCCUAUGAUUCGACCCUCUCGUCGAUCUAGUAGUAACCUGCCUAGCCUUGUUUCUUCCACAAAUACUUCCCCCCAAAUUCAACCAAACAUCCAGCCCAAUUCUGCAGGAGGAGGUUCUUCUUCUUCUUCUUCUGAUCAUCAUACUAGUUGGUCAUCAGAUUCUGUCUCUCCAGAAGGUUUGACUGAUGUUGUAAUGCCUCCUCCUCAGAAACGUCAGCUUAGAAAACAACAACAACAACAGCAACAGCAGCAACAGCAACAACAGCAACAGCCACAGCAACAGCAACAACCAGAACCCGUUGUUACUGUCAAACCCAAAUCAAAACAGUCAGCCACAUCUACUUCAACUUCAGCAUCUUCUACUCCAGGCUUGAUCCCGGUUACUCCGGCUAGUCUCAUGAAUCUACCCGAACAAAAGGAUGUGGAAAUGCUCGAUGUUGCUAGCACUGAACUCCAUCUUCGCAACGCAGUCCAAGCUGGGAAAAAUGUCGAGAAACAAGAACAAACUCGGAAAUCCACUCCUAAUAAUAAUACACCUAUAUUAAGACCAAAUACCCGCAAAAACUCAACUCAAAUGUCUCCUAAAACUAUUGUCCCCAAUGGGUCUGCUACAAGCUCUGCUACAAGUUCUGGUACAACUGUCCGCCGUACGGGCUCUCGCCGCGGAUCAAGCAACAAAGCAAUGCUCCCAUCUCCCUCCCUAUCAGCCCAACAAGGUAGUACUCUCAUUAAACCCAAGAUCUCACCUUCUGGAGGCCCCGGAGGCCCAGGUCCCAGUUCAUGGAAACCCCGCCAUGGUGCCUCCUCCUCGCCGGUUUUGCGACCCAAAAUUUCCCCCCAUAUCUCGCCACGUAUUGAUGCAAUCAAUGGCAUUGGUGCUGGCGGAGGAAUACACUUGUCUAACGGGAACAGUGGUAACAGUGGCAGCUCUGGUGGGAGCUCAUUGUCACGUAAAAGCAGUCUUUCUGCAUUAAAUGGGGUAUCUGGUAGCCCGACCUUGGGUGCAGACAUUUCGCUUGUGCUUGCAUCCAAGUCGAAUUAUCAAAAUAUUGUGGAGGGUACCCACUCGCAGCUCGGACUGUCAUACCCGGAAUCGCUUUCUGCAGAUUUGACAUCUAAGCGCACCUCGCACAAACUGGCUGAGCAAGGCCGCCGUAACCGUAUCAAUUCAGCGCUAACGGAUCUUGCCAAACUCCUGUCGCCGUCACACCAAGCCUCGUCCAAGGCUUCUACGGUUGAAAUGGCUAUAGACUACAUCAAGACUUUGCAUGUGGAGGUCGCAGAGCUCAAGGCGCGUCUUAGCAAGUAUGAGGGUAAUGGCCAAACACAAGAUAAUGACGAUGACGAUGAAAAUAAUGAUAUGGAGGAUGACCAGGUGAAUAAUGAGAAGGAAACAUCGGCACAGGUCAAAAAAACACUUUCGGAGACUUUUGUUACACCCGCGGAUUCUGCAGAUUUAGCAGCAGUAGCUGAUGCAAAGCGCAAGUCGGAUCCUGGACCUACAGUUUCUAAAGCUUCUAAUAAGGUCAAGUAA